CCCCAAAUGCUACGUACCUAAAAUGCCAUUUAAGAGACGCGUCGCUGCCCAAGAACCAUUAAGUUAAGGAUUAAGUAAUUUGACCCGGACUCGGAUUUAAGUGGAGUCGCAUGAUAAAGCCGAUAAGGCUGAUAAGGUUUGAUAAGGGGACUCCCUGUAAGGUCCUAACGUCACAAGGACCUCUUCGUCUUAUUCGUCCCAUCUUCUUCUUCUUCACAUUCACCGAUCACCUUGUCACCUUGCUUUUCGCACAUUUCGCCUCCCUACUACUACCAAUUAUAUAACCUUCGUUUAAGAACAACAUGCACUUUGCUUACCGUACCAAUGUAACAGGAAUCCCUCGAGUGCCCAGUUUCUAUCCGUAGGAACGCGGCCUUUUGUUGCAUUACUAGGCACCCAGCCUUGUCAAAUUCACACCAAUUCCAUCACGAGUCUACCGCCCACAAUGAAUUGCGACAUUUGCCAAAGGGCGCAUCACCCUCACAGGCUUCCCUUCUUCUGUGUGGUGGAUGCGAGAAACAAGCUAUACGAUGGACGACUAGCGAAUGCCGAGAUCCUUAUGAAGACCGAGGAGCUCGAGUCUCGAGUGACUAAGCUAUUGUCUGACGCCGAUGUAAGCUCAGACGCCCCAACCCGUUAUUCUCGGACGUACAUCGAGAGCUGCGCUACGGAGGAAUACAAAGCAAAAGAAAGGACCGAGAGGAUAAUAGCAGCAGCAGACAAGCUUCGCGACGAUGUUGCUGCGGCGAAGAAGGAGAUUGAAGAGCGUAAAGCCAGUAUUGCGCGCAAGAAGUCCGACCUUGCCACCACUUCGCAGGGUAUUACCGCAAGACGAACUAGACUAUUAGAGGAGCCUAACAAGGCUUCUAAAAUGAUUAGAUAUACUUGGGAUCGAGAAUACGGGGCUAUGACGCAGUACAGGAGUGCGUUGUGUAUGGAAGUAGCCAAGCUAUACAGGCUACAGCGUAUCAAGCGUGGGAAUCCCGUCCGAUUCGAAUACAAAAUCGGCGGCAUUGAUAUUAUCGAUUUGUGUAACAUGAAUAGUGCGCAACCCGAACUCAUAUCCGCGUCUCUCGCACAUAUCACACAUCUGCUCUGGCUUACCUCUCAUUACCUAUCCAUCCGUCUCCCGGCAGAAAUCACUCUCCCACAUAACGACUACCCGCGCCCAACCAUCUUCUCACUCACAUCAUCCUACCAUCAUGGCGACGUCGCCUUCCCGGGAACUUCCCUUCUCCCCCCUGACCCACGUGAUCGGCAAUUCGCCCACGUGCCCCACCCACGCCCCCUAUUCCUCGACAAACCGUUAUCUACCCUCGCGAAAGAGGACCCCGCCGCUUAUAACGCAUUCCUCGAAGCCGUUAUCCUACUAGCCUACGACAUCGUCUGGCUCUGCCGAACGCAAGGCGUCCCUGUCGGCGACAACAGCAACCAAUUAGAAGACUUCUCCCAACUGGGUCGGAACCUAUAUAACCUCCUCAUCAACUCCUCCCUCCAGCGCAGCCCACAGCAAAUCGCCGACGCCCCGCCAUCUCAGACCACCAGCCACAUCAACAGCAACAGUCACAGCGGCAGCGGCGUUAACGGCAGUAGCAGCCAUGGCGAUAGCAACAGUAGCACGGCGGCGGAACUCGGCAAAGCGGGGCCGAGAAUGGGCUUGUAUUCCCACGGCACCGCGCACACGUACCUCGGCAGCGCAGCGGGUAACGAGCUCACGCGCAGCUUCAAAAUGCCCAACGUCAUGAAAAUGGCGGACCGUCUGCGCGCGCGUCUACUCCGCGAGACUCCUGCGCCCGAGUGGGAGCUCCUCGAAGACGACGCGUGGACCCCCGACGACGCGCUCGACGACGGCGUGCUUGUCGGCGGAACGCCUGUCGGUAGGGGACAGUUGGGCGUCCCGGGCCAUAGAUUCGGCAUCGAGAGUUAUAUGAGCGUGAACACAGUUAAGAGCGGGAGUAGUGGCGAUCAUAAUCCGAACCCGAGAGUGCCGCAUGGCAGCGCGGUUCCGGGCAGGGAUCGCGAGAAGGGGGAUGUGAGGGGGACUAGUGGGUGGACGAAGGUGAAGUAUAGGUAAUUAGAUAGGUUUGUCUUCGGGUUGGCUGGAUUUGGGAAGGGGAUAGGUUGGUAGGGAGGGUGGAAUGGGAUAGAUACCUAGAUUAGACAGGUCGGGAUGGUGUGUUGAAUAGAAUAUACCCGUUGUCUAUUCAUGUCGGCUUCUUUGUUUGUUUGGAUGCAGUAGACAAGUGGUUUUAGUAGGGGAAUAGGGGAAGGCAGCAGAGAACGGUCCUUGGUUCGUGCUAGAAGCUCCUGUCUCGUAUCUUCCGGAGAAGUUGAGGUCUUACAGCGCUACUUGCUUACAUUCGAGGAAGUUGAACCAACAUCACUAUCUGGUCGUUCAGAGUAACAAAUCAUGAGUUUCGAUCAUGGUUUUACAUCUAGCACAAGCAUGCAGCUACCGGACGUGUUAGUAACAGC